UUUAUAGGAAUGUAAAAGGACAAACUCUAUCUUGUGUACAACUUGUUCUUUCUGUAAUCAACUACUGCUAUACCUUCUUCUUCAAUUCAAAGACCUGAGAACUAACCCUCUCUCCUUCCAAUCCCAUUCCCAGAUAUCUCUUUUGCGAAAGUCCUCUGAAAAUUUUCUUCUGAUUCUUCCAAAUUUUCUGAUAUUGUUUUGUCCUUCAUGGCCGUUUCUCCUCAAGUUUUCCCACCAAGAAAGCGGCGGCCGUCGGCGGGAUCCUUCUUAUCUCCGAAAUUAACAGACCUAAACCUGGUACAGUCUCUUCUUUCUUUGUCUCAAGAAAUCUCUUCCCUCAAACCUCUUCAGUUUCUUCUAAAACGAAACUCUCUUUCGACCAUAAACAAAGCGAAGCUUCUCGCCAUCUUAUUCGAGGAGCCGCUUCGAAAUCCUGUUUCUAAUUUCUUCUCUCCUUCAACCAUCCUCUGCUUCGAAGAAAUGUACAUUGUUUUACAGAGAAUAAAAACACUGAUGGAAGAUUGUUCCAAUGGAAGCAAGAUGUGGCUGCUCCUGCAAAUUAAACCUUUGGCUAACAGUUUCCACGAGCUAACCCUGGAAUUAUCCACUCUCCUCGAUAUUUUCCCUGUAAAAGAAGUUGAUUUGAGUAGAGACGUGGAGGAGCUCGUCGUUUUGUUAAGAAAGCAGUGCACGCAAUCUAAACCUUUGAUAGAUCCAAGAGACGAUUUUCUCAUGCGAGAAGUUAUAGCCAUGCUCGACCAGAUCAAAAAAGAGAUCGUACCUGAUCAUUCAAGGCUCAAACAGAUUGUGGAGAAUUUAGGAUUACGCGACAAUUCAAGUUGCAGAGAAGAAAUCGAGAGUCUCCAAGAAGAAAUUCAGAACCAAAUGGAUGAAAAAUCCAAAGCAGAUAUUGUUUCUGUGAUCGGUCUCGUUCGUUACGCUAAAUGUGUUUUAUAUGGAUCUUCAACGACGCAGAAAUCAGACCACCGCCGUCGAAAAUCGAUGUCGGAUAUUAGUAUUCCUGCGGACUUUCGGUGUCCGAUAAGCCUCGAGCUCAUGCGCGACCCAGUUGUCGUGGCAUCGGGACAGACGUACGAUCGAGAAUCGAUUAAUCAGUGGAUUGAAUCUGGACACAACACGUGUCCUAAGACAGGUCAGACCCUGGCCCACAUCAGCCUCAUCCCCAACCGCUCUUUAAGGAAUCUUAUAGCGAUGUGGUGCCGUGAGCAAAGAAUUCCGUUUGAAACCGCGGGAAGUAACGAAAAAGUUAACGGCGUUAAAGCCACCAAAGCUGCCUUAGAAGCUACGAAAAUGACGGUGUCCUUUUUGGUUAACAAACUUUCGGUUUCUCAAUCCAUGGAGGCGGCCAACGGCGUCAUUUACGAGCUUCGUGCCCUUGCCAAAACUGACUCGGAUAGCCGAGCCUGCAUUGCCGAAGCUGGAGCUAUUCCCAUCCUCGUCAGAUAUCUAGGUUCGGCUGUAGGCUCCGACCACCCAUGUCUCCAAGUCAACGCCGUUACCACGAUUCUUAAUCUUUCUAUCUUGGAAGCAAACAAAACGAGGAUCAUGGAAACUGACGGAGCUUUAAACGGCGUCAUUGAAGUGUUACGUUCGGGUGCCAGCUGGGAAGCCAAAGGAAAUGCGGCGGCUACAAUAUUCAGCUUAUCUGGUGUGCACGCGUACAGGAAGAGGCUAGGGAGGAAGACACGUGUCAUCAAGGGACUGAUGGACUUGGCGAAAGACGGGCCCACUAGCUCGAAAAGGGAUGCGCUCGUGGCAAUUUUGAAUUUGGCGGGAGAUAGGGAGACUGUUGGGAGGUUGGUUGAAGGAGGGGUGAUAGAGGUGGUGAGCGGAGUCAUCAACGAGUUACCGGAAGAGGCAGUGACAAUACUCGAGGCAGUGGUGAAGAGAGGUGGAUUGCAGGCGAUUGCGGCGGCUUACAGUGCGAUCAGGAAACUGGGUGUUAUUUUGAGGGAAGGAUCGGAUACUGCGAGGGAGAGUGCGGCGGCUGCUUUGGUUACUAUAUGUCGAAAAGGGGGGUCGGAGGUUGUUGCAGAGUUGGCGGCAAUUCCUGGGAUCGAAAGGAUUAUAUGGGAGGUGAUGGGGACAGGAACUGUGAGAGCGAGACGGAAGGCGGCGACGCUGCUGAGGAUUCUUCGGAGAUGGGCCGCUGGUUUGGAUAUUAAUGCUGUGGACAGUUCGAGCAUGAUGACCACCACCGUCAGUACAUCCAGAAUAGUGUUGCCAGCAUAAGUGGAUAACAUUUGUUUCAUUCUUUUUAUCUUUCUUGCAUCUUAAAUUUGUAAAUGAUUGAUGGAAAUUUCUGAUAUUCUGCAUUGCGACUUAAUUGUGUAAAUUACACAAAUGAAAGAUCAUUCUUUGAUAGUUUACGUA